AUGAGCACGGAGCGGGAGCAGGAAUGGGCCAUCGCAGGACGCGUUGGACAUGCAGGCAAAGCUGUUCAACGUGAUUCACAAAUCGACGGAAAGAUUCAACUAGCAGCCGAAGGGAGAGAUUUGAAGGCGAAUGAGGCGGUCAUUCUGGGUUGGGAGUGGGACGACGGGAAUGCGAUCCAUGCGCUACCGGCUCUCAUCGAGGCCCCACAUUUUUUUUCAUCCCUAUGGAACAACAGGCCACAUCAAGUCACCCACCUCCGCACGCAAAUGACCCACAUCCUCCACUCACUCACCUCCACCUUCACGACUUGUGCCUGCGGCUCGAAAUCGAAAGAUUGCGCCCUACAAAUGAUGGCCGCGUUCGUAGAUGGAGAGAUUCCGGCUCCUACCGAAUCCACGUAUCCUCCGCACGCAUACCAACCUUCCUAUCCGACCUCCCACUCUUAUCCGCAGAAACGACCGGGCGUGAACGGACGCGACUCAAACCACCCUCCUCUCCAGUCGCCGUAUACACAGACGCCCCAUUUCAGCCAUCCAUGGGCGAGUAACUAUCAUAACCCGACACCGACACCUACGACACCCUUUCCGCAUUCUCCAUUGGUCCCCGAUUCGUACGUCCAGCCCCCGCACCUGUAUCGCAAACCUCACUCCACGACCACCUCCACUUCAUUUCGACCACCAUCCGCCGGCCCGUCAAGUUCCAAACCUCGCUCAUCCACCCACCGACCGAGCACAGAUCCGAACGCUGUAGGCCCAUCGAAUCCGAACGUUGACCUAGGGCCGUUAGUAGGUACCCAGCGCGGCUUCAGGACACGAGAGAGGGGCGUCGAGGGAUGGAGUGGCGGGAUGGAGGGUGUCGAGAUGGUUCCAUCCAGAGAUUCGGAGGAGGGAUCGUCGAGGGAUGUGCCAGAGGUGAGGGUGAGUCCUGCGACGCGGAGGAGAGAUGUGAAGGGGAAGGAGAAGAGUGUGGCGUGGCGAGGGGGGAGAGUAUGGGGAAGGGUAAAGAGAAGGCGCGCGAACCUAGCCGCACUUCGUCGAUGUCGACAUUCUUCAAGAUCGUGUUCCGGGUCCGUUUCUUCGCUCAUGGACGAAGAUAAGGUCGGCGAUGACAGGAUGGACAGUAGUGAUAUCUCGGCGAGGAUACCGCCGAAGAUGAGGAAGGGGUGGAUUCGGAAGACUGUCCCUGUCGUGGCCAGUGGGAAGCAGUCUGUCGAAGGGUUGGACAAAGGCAAGAUCAAGCAGAAGGAUGGAACUGUCGAAAUAGAUACAGAAAUGGACGGUCCGACAUCGACAAUAUCGACACCGAUGCCGACGGCGAGCACCAUGCCUCCCCCUCCUUCCCCUAACCUGACCACCGCCGUCCCAUCCUCACCUUAUCCUUCCCUUUCGCCUGCGUACAAGCCUCCUUCCGCCACACAUCUUCACCCAUCCGAUCGACGCUCCUCCGACCCACUUUCCUAUCCCAUCUUCGCACCUUCCAUCGCCACGCCCAAUUCUAACCCAACAACGAGUGGCCCUGCGAUAGCGCCAGCGCCGACAUCAGCCACUGCUACACCGUCACCGACCACUCACUUCGUGAUGCUCUCCCUGACCUCACCACAGAUCUGUCUUGGCAGCUCGACGACACAGAUUGUGACUGGAACGGAUCGCCCCCACGAAUGCUAUCGUUCAAUGGAUUCUAGGCGGGUGCUAUGGACGUGGACGGAGACAGAGACGGAUGUGGAGCUUGAGAAUGCGGGGAGUCCACAGUCGCUGUCUACAGUCGAGCCAUUGCGGAGGAAGGAGUCGUUGGCAGGAUGUGACUCGUAUCCUGAGUUCACCCACCCUGUCGUCAGCAUCCACCUCCACGAUACACAAUUCGCAACCGCCAAUUCUGAAUGGUCCCAUCGAAUCUUCCAUCCUCAAAUCCCCUGCGUCGCCCGACACCGUUCAUCCCACCUCCCACUCGUACUCACCGUCGCCGUCCACACCUACCAAUAA